AGAUGGAACAAGGGACAGGAGGGACUCUGAAGAUUAUGUUCCUGUUGACACUCUGUCUGCAUGACUUCACUGGUCAAUGCCAAGUUUCAGGGCAUCCCUCUAACCUGAGAAUAGUUCUGGUGGGGAAGACUGGAUCAGGGAAGAGUACAACAGGAAACACAAUCCUGGGUAAAAAUGUGUUUAAAGUGGAGGCUUCUCCAGUGUCUGUGACUGCACAGAGUGAGAAACAGAGUGGAGUGGUGAAUGGGAGGAAGAUUGAUGUCAUCGACACCCCGGGGCUCUAUGACACAAAACUGUCUCAAGAAGAGAUGAAAAGUGAAAUAGAAAAGGCCAUCUACAUGUCAGUUCCAGGACCCCACGCCUUCCUGCUGGUGAUCAGACUGGGGAGGUUCACAGAGGAGGAGCAGAACACUGUGAAGUGGAUCCAGGAGAACUUUGGAGAAGAUGCCUCAAUGUACACCAUCUUGCUGUUCACUCAUGGUGAUCAACUGAAGGGCAAAACAGUCAAAGGGUUUCUGGCUGAGGGCAAAGCGCUACGGAGACUCAUCAAUAUGUGUGGGGGCAGAUAUCACUCCCUAAUCAAUGACAAGAGAAGAGACAACACUCAGGUUAGAGAGCUGCUGGAGAAGAUCGAGGAGAUGGUGGAGGAGGACAAUGGAGGAGAAUACUACACCAGUGCUGACUAUGAAGAGGCUCAGAGAAAGAUCAACGAUAUUACGUUUUACUGUAAACUGGCAGCGUAUGGUGGUCUAGCCGCAGCAGGACUAGGGAUGGUGUUUGCUUCACCAGUAUUGGUGGCAGCAGGUGUAGCUGUAGGUGUCAGCCAAGGGUUUGAAUGCACUAAGGAGAUGCUAGUAGUAGUAAUGGCACGAGGAAGAGGAAGGACUCUGAGGAUUAUGUUCCUGUUGACACUCUGUCUGCAAGACUUCACUGGUCAAUGCCAAGUUUCAGGGCAGCUCUCUGACCUGAGGAUAGUUCUGGUGGGGAAGACUGGAUCAGGGAAGAGUGCAACAGGAAACACCAUCCUGGGGAGGGAGGGGUUUAAAGAAGACUCCUCCCCUGAGUCUGUUACCUCACACUGUAUGAAGCAGAGUGGAGUGGUGGCUGGAAAGAAGAUUAAUGUGAUUGACACACCAGGACUCUUUGACACAAAAUUGACUGAUACGGAAAUGAAAAGUGAAAUAGAAAAGGCCAUCUACAUGUCAGUCCCAGGACCCCAUGUGUUCCUGCUGGUGAUCAGACUGGGGGUAAGGUUCACAGAGGAGGAGCAGAACACUGUGAAGUGGAUCCAGGAGAACUUUGGAGAAGAAGCCUCAAUGUACACCAUCUUGCUGUUCACACAUGGAGAUCAACUGAAGGGAAAAUCAGUGGAGGAGUUUCUGGCUGAGAGCAAAGAUCUACGGAAACUCAUCAAUAUCUGUGGGGGCAGAUAUCACUCCCUAAAUAAUGACAAGAGAAAACACAACACUCAGGUCCCAGAGCUGCUGAAGAAGAUAGAGGAGAUGGUGAAGAAGAAUGGAGGAAAACACUACACCAAUGAGAUGUACCAGGCGGCCCAGAUAGAGAUCGAAGAAGAGGAGGAGAGGAAGAAACAGGAAGAGGAUAAGAUAGAGAAAGAGAGGCAACAGAACGAGAGAGAAAUGAUCAAAAGAGAAGAAAUAUUGUCUCGAUGCAAGAUAUCAGCGUUGGUCAGUUCGGCCGUAUUGGGGUGGGGAUACAAAUUCUCCUCUCCAUUGUGGUUAGCAGCAGGGUCUGUAUCAGCCAUUUUUGAAGGUUAUCAAUGCAUGGACGCCUAUUUCAAUUGGGGCGGUUCUGACUCAAAAGAGCACGAGGAAACACAGGCAGGGGAGCUGAACGAGCUGGUUGAACACAGGGGACCUGACGAGCUGGUGACAUUUGACAAUAUAUUGGCAAAGAAGGACAGAACCAUGACUGAAGCUAUACCACUCAGAGAGAUGGAGCUGAAACGUCUGCCUGAGUCUGAUGGGUGUGGCUCAACACAUCAUGAUGGGUCUGGUUUGACCGCUGACCUGAGGAUUGUGUUGCUAGGGAAGACUGGAGCAGGGAAGAGUGCAACAGGAAACACCAUCCUGGGGAAGAAUGUGUUUAAAGUCGACUCUUCCCCUGCGUCAGUGACCGGACAGUGUGAGAGACAGAGUGGAGAGGUCAACGGGACGACGGUUCAUGUGGUUGACACACCAGGCCUCUUCGACACAGCCAGGUCGGACGAAGAAGUGAAAGAGAAAAUAGAGGAGUGCGUUAACAUGUCCGUCCCGGGACCCCACGCCUUCCUGCUGGUGAUCAGGCUGGGGGUGAGGUUCACAGAGGAGGAGAGGAACGCCGUGAGGUGGAUCCAGGAGAACUUUGGAGAGGACGCCUCCAUGUACACCAUCUUGCUGUUCACCUGUAAAGACCAGCUGAAGGGGAAACAGGUGACAGAUUCUCUGAAGAUGUGUAAAGAGCUACGGAGACUCUCCAUCACUUUAGGCGGCGGGUAUCACUCGUUCAACAACGACGCCAAAGACGACCCCGCUCAGGUCCCAGAGCUGCUGGAGAAGAUCAAAGAGAUGGUGGAGCUGAACGGAGGAGAGCACUACACCAACGAGAUGUACCAGGAGGCUCAGAGGAAGAUCAGAGAGGCGGAGGAGAGGAGGAGGGAGGAGGAGAAAAUACAGAGGGAGGAGGAGGAGAGAAAAUUAAAAGAAGAGGUAAAAGUAGAGAUAGAGAAAGAAAAGGAGGAAGAGAAAAGGGAGAAGGUAGAUAAAACGAGGAAUCUCCACAUCGCUCUCGCAGUAACAGUAGUGUGUGUAGUAUUAGGGGUGAUCAUAGCAGCUGCUGCUGAUACCACAGUGGCCCUGGCUCUAGCUCCACUCUUACUGGUGCUGGGAGCAGCCAGUGGAAUAACGGCUAUCUGCCUGAAGAAUGGAAGGUGUGGAGCUAAAACACCUGUCUCUGUAGCUGUAUAACAAUCACAUACUGUAUACCUCAUUAAGGCUGUUUUUACACAGGCAACCCAAUUCUGAACUUUUGCCACUAAUUGGUCUUUUGACCAAUCCGAUCUAUUAUCAAUAAUUGGGCAAAAUAUCAGCAUUUGUCUGCCUGUGUAAAGAUCAGAAUUAGGCUGCCUGUGUAAAGAUCAGAAUUAGGCUGCCUGUGUAAAGAUCAGAAUUAGGUUGCCUGUGUAAACGAAGCCGAACAAGACCAAACAACAGAAACAUAGAUUGAAUGAUAGAUAGGUAGAUAAAAAUUGUCUUAAAUCUGUUCCCUUAAGUAUUUCUCUGGGUGUCCAGUGAUCUAUUUAUUUAAUCAUGUGUUCAGGGAUAACAUUUAUGAACACUUAAUAAAGAGAAGUAACGAGUCUGA